UCAUUAACUCUAUCCCACAGAGCAAGCUUGGACAUCCAUCAGGAGACAGUUCACAUAACCGAGCUGACCUCAACGACCUUACUCGAGGCCUCAAGCGUGAAGCCAAUACCCCUCCGCCCGCCCACGCCAAUCAUGGAAAGAGACCCGUGUCUAGCAACGCCAGUCCUGUGACAAUCAUCCCGACCUCUCUCCAUUCUGGAAUGCCAAAUCUCCUUCCUCCGCACCAACAGUCUCCUCUCCACACCACAUCCCCAACACCUUCAUCAACACCUGGACCCACCUCUGUCUCCGAUGUCCCCAUACUAGCUGCCUUGAGACACAAUCCCUUUGGACUGCCAGCUCAGUAUGUUACCAAUCCAUUCCUGUCUCUGUCGUCCAAUUUUCCCCUGGGCGGACUGGCAGCAUUGACAUCCAACCAUCCAGGAAUGAAUGGAACCUCAUCGCCUUCGGAUUCUGAAAAGGAGAGUUACGUCCAGGAGCUCUUGGCCCGGCAGAUGGCAGCCAGCGUCAGUGCUCCUGUGUUCCCUGGGCUGGGUGCCCACUUCCCCAUGUACGCCUCCAGUCCUGCUCCGUCCCUGCCUCCCAUGGCCCAGAUGCCAGGGGGCAAGGAUUCGGGAGCCCCUAUGCCUUCCAGCUCCGACGACAACCAGAGUAGCUAUGUUCAGCAUUUGCAAAAUAAAAUGUUUGGUGCUAAAAUCAUUCGAGCUCAGAGGGACAAGUCGGACCCCGGCCGCCCCCACAUCAAGCGACCCAUGAACGCAUUUAUGGUGUGGGCCCGGGAGGAAAGGAGAAAGAUACUCAAGGCCUGCCCAGAUAUGCACAAUUCAAAUAUCAGUAAGAUUCUAGGUGCCAAAUGGAAAAGUAUGUCAAAUGCGGACAAACAGCCUUACUACGAGGAGCAGUCAAGACUGAGCAAGUUGCACAUGGAAAAGCAUCCAGACUACAGAUACAGGCCGCGACCCAAGCGCACCUGUAUUGUGGACGGCAAGAAGCUGCGAAUCUCUGAAUAUAAGGCUCUCAUGAAGAACAGACGUCAAGACAUUAGACGCGUGUGGUACAACGAUGGGAGCAGCAACUUUCCUGAAGAUGGCGAUGAAGACGAUAACUCGCUGUCUCCACACUUUGAUUCAGCUUUCAUGCAUGGAGAAUCUGGCUCGCCCUCGCCCAGCCCCAAGGGCAGGAUCAGCUCGUCCCCAUCACACGAGGCCACCAGUCCUGGCCAACAGUACAGCACAGCCAACAUGAACGGCAUAGACAAUAAUGGUCACGACAACAGCAGUGAUGACAACAGCAACAACAACAAAAGCAGCAAAAACCUUGGGCCAAAUUUUCUUUAUGAGGAUAAUAAACUGUCUACGGCACAUUUCCCCUUCAACCAUUCUCUACAACAUCAAACAAGCUCUCAUGGGCCCAGGCCAAAUUUCCCUUUUGUCUCAUCUCAUUCUUCCACAACUGUGAAAACUGAAACAGGAGUUGUCUUCCCCAAACUCGGUGCUUCCCCAUACAACAUGGCCAAGUCUCAAGAUAACAACGACCAUCACCACAGUGCAGAGUCCAACCUGGCAAUAGGGGAACACGGCCUUGGCGAAUCAGACAAAAAGAGGAACAUCGACCCACACGGCAUCAAAAUGGAGUCGGUUUUUCCACGCAUGUCUCAAAUGGCAGAAAUUCCAGGAGCAUCUUCAUAG